UUUCUCAGCUGUACUGUGUCUCUUGUGUAACACUGAACCAUGAAUUUGAAAUAUGUUAAUCUUCUCCUCUCUGUUAUAACCAUUUUCUUGUUUCUCUCAUCAUCCAUUGCUGAUGAAGAAUCAUCGUCUUCCUCCGCGAUCAUAGCCAGGUUCCAGCAAUACCUUCAGAUUAACACCGUCCAGCCGAACCCCCACUACUACGAAGCUGCCGAUUUCAUCAUCUCCCAGGCCAAAUCCCUCGCCCUCGAAUCCCAGACAAUUGAAUUCGUGGAGGGCAAGCCUCUGAUCCUCCUCAAAUGGCCUGGUUCGAACCCCGAUCUCUCUUCGAUCCUCCUCAAUUCGCACACCGACGUCGUUCCUGCCGAGCACCACAAGUGGACGCACCCUCCUCUCGGAGCUCACAUCGAUUCCCUCGGCAAUAUCUACGCCAGAGGGUCCCAGGAUAUGAAGUGCGUUGGGAUGCAGUACCUCGAGGCUAUUCGGCGUUUGAAGGCUUUGGGAUUCGAGCCUGCGCGCUCUGUUUACCUAUCUUUCGUCCCGGAUGAAGAAAUUGGUGGCCGUGCUGGCGCUGAGAAGUUUGCUGAAUCCGAUGAGUUUCAGAAAUUGAAUGUAGGCAUUGUGCUCGAUGAAGGGUUGCCUUCUCCGGGUGAGAACUACAGGGUAUUUUAUGGGGAGAGGAGUCCCUGGUGGAUGGUGAUCAAGGCAGUGGGGGCGCCAGGCCAUGGAGCAAAGCUGUAUGAUAACACUGCCUUGGAGAAUCUGUUCAAAAGCAUUGAGAGUGUGCGGAGGUUCAGGGCUUCUCAGUUUGAUCUGGUGAAGGCCGGUCUGAAGGCUGAAGGAGAGGUCGUCUCUGUAAACAUGGUCUUCUUAAAAUCUGGCACUCCAUCUCCUACUGGUUUUGUCAUGAAUCUGCAGCCAUCUGAAGCUGAGGCUGGUUUUGAUGUUCGCCUCCCACCGACUGCAAAUCCAGAAUCUCUUGAAAGACGAAUUGCAGAGGAAUGGGCACCUGUUUCUCGUAAUAUGACAUUCGAGUUUAAGCAGAAGGAAUCUAUUUUCGACAAGUUUGGGAAACCAGCUCUUACUGCAAUUGACAAAUCUAACCCUUGGUGGAAUCUUCUCGAAGAAGCUGUUAGAAAUGCCAAUGGGAAACUCGGAAAGCCAGAAAUCUUUCCCGCUUCAACUGAUGCUCGGUACUUUCGAAAUCUGGGCCUCCCUGCAAUUGGCUUCUCUCCAAUGGCCAACACUCCUAUUCUUCUUCAUGACCAUAAUGAGUUUCUGAACCAAGCUGAGUAUUUGAAAGGCAUUGAGGCGUACGAGUCAAUAAUCAAGGCUUAUGCUUCUUUCAUCGCUCAUAAACCGACCGAAAGCUUCAAAGACGAGCUGUAAGAAAGCACAUAAGUAAUCUUGUCCAUCCAGAUAGAUCUGAAUAAUUUGCAGUAUGGGGUCGUGGAUCUGAUUCUGUUGCAUACAUUAGAUCGAUCCUUGCAACUUGGUGAUUGUACUUUGAUUAUGGUGCAUUUAUUUGCAAGUACCAUACAAUUUCUGGAAACAGAAUCUGCAAUUGAAUAAAUGCUCGAGUUACUUACGAUUACGAAACGAUCAUCUGUAUUGUACUUCACUUAUGGUCUAUGGAUAAUAAAAUUCCGUCAACAUAGCUCUAUCAUCUUUCUA